AGCGGCGGGGCACGUGGAGCGCUGUCCCGGACGGUUCCAGCCGAGCGCGGCGCUUCCCGAGGGAUCCCAGCGGAGCCGCCGACAUGCCCAACGCGCGGGCCGGGAAGCGCUCAGACCGCCGGGAGAGCCGCGCCGGCGGCAUCCUCUUCAAUACUGGGGCCGGGCAGCACAUCCUGAAGAACCCUCUCGUCGUCAACAGCAUCAUCGAGAAGGCUGCUCUGCGCCGCACGGAUGUCAUUCUGGAAGUGGGCCCGGGAACCGGCAACCUGACAGUAAAGAUGUUGGAGAAAGUAAAAAAAGUUAUUGCAUGUGAAAUUGACCCUAGACUUGUUGGUGAACUUCAGAAGAGAAUCCAGGGCACGUGUCUGGCAAACAAACUUGAAAUCAAGGUUGGAGAUAUCUUGAAAACAGACUUGCCAUUCUUUGAUGCAUGUGUGGCUAACUUGCCUUAUCAGAUUUCUUCACCUUUUGUUUUCAAGUUAUUGCUUCAUAGACCUUUUUUCAGGUGUGCAAUACUUAUGUUUCAAAGGGAAUUUGCACUUCGUUUGGUUGCAAAACCAGGAACUAAACUGUACUGCAGACUCUCCAUUAAUACUCAGUUAUUAGCUCGAGUGGACCACCUGAUGAAGGUUGGAAAGAACAACUUCAGGCCUCCUCCCAAAGUUGAAUCCAGUGUUGUAAGAAUAGAGCCAAAGAACCCACCACCUCCUAUCAACUUCCAGGAGUGGGAUGGUCUGGUAAGGAUAGCCUUUGUUAGGAAAAACAAGACACUUUCUGCAGCAUUUAAGUCAAGUGCUGUAGAGCAGUUGCUGGAUCAUAAUUACCGAAUUCAUUGUUCCUUACAUAAUACAGAAAUACCUGAAAACUUCAAAAUUGCAGAGAAAAUACAGACAGUUCUAAAAGAUACAGGUUACUCUGAAAAACGAGCCCGCUCAAUGGAUAUAGAUGAUUUCAUUCGAUUGCUGCAUGGCUUCAAUUCAGAAGGCAUCCAUUUCUCAUAGAUCCUACUAGAAGAACGAGAGGUGUUGCUUUUUGUCACCAAAGUCUUACCUAAGUCAGAGCGAGUGCAACGGGACAAGCUCUUCUCAUAAGAGCAAUGAACGAAAUAUGCCAUAUAUGCUUGGGCUCUUAUUAAAAUGUUAGAUGUGGUUUAUCACAAACAGCAGGUAAGCUCUGCUGCUUGGUAUUUUAAAAACAGUACAUUCUUUCACGACUGAAGCAAGGUGUUGGACUUCCUCAUGACAAUGUAUUUCUGAAUAUACUCAAAACUGGACUGAAGUUGACAUAAUUGAAAUCUGUGUUCUCUGAUCACCUCCAUAUAUUCUUGCAUAAUACUCAACAUUACAACCCAUAACUGGUCUGGACAACAAAAGUGGAGUUGUGAUCAUUCCCUUUGGUUUUUUGUUUGUUUGUGUGUUUGUUUUAAAGUGUAUUUAAACACUUUUUUUGAUUUGAAAUGCCUGUCUCUUCCAGUUGUCCUCUGGUAACUACCCACAUUCCAAGUCUGUUAGUAAUCUGCCUCUCUUUGAGAAAUCUUGAGAAAAAAAUAACUCUUCCUUGGGAACAACAGCAUUUGUCUUAUGGGCUUGGUAUCACUUACAGAAACAUUACUGUGGUACCUGAAACCACCAGUGUAAUCACCUUUACCUUCUCCUCCCCCACUGUAGUAACUAGAAGAAAACUACCGAAGGGCCAUAUCUCAUAAGCACAGAAGAAGGGUUUUUUUGGCCAAGUAUAAAUUCAAGUAGCUAUUUUUGUAAGAUAACUAUUUCACCCUUCAAGGCAAGGAGGAGUUUUAGCAUAGAUCAAAGCUUUCAGUGAGACUUAGGGCAGUCAUCCUUGUGUCCUCACAGAAAGUACUGAACCAUCUAAUACAGUUUGGGUUAUAUAUAUAUAUGUGAGUUGUUAAGGACAAGGGAGAGCUUUUCCAACGAAGUUUGCAUUAACUGCAGCACAGCUGUCAAAAACAUCAACUAUUAAUUGUAGCAUCAUGCAGGGGUGAAAGCAUCACCCUGUGUAUUAAAUACCAUGUGAUUUUUUUUCAGAUAUAGUGUAGUGUAUCUUUCCAUGAGACAACAGUUAAGUGCAAAAGAGAAAACAGGCAAAUCAGCAAAACCUCCUCUAAGAUAAACUUCAUUUAUACGCAUCAUUGAAUCAUUAGGGAUAGAAAAGAUCUCUUGAGUCCAACCACUGACAUCCCCUCUCAGUUCUUUAGAAGUCAUUGAUUCAGAAAUAGACUUGAAUUUGCACGCAUCCUGAGAUGUUGACUUUAAAAACUGAAUUGCUCAUUUAUUUCACAGUUUAAUAAUUCAAUAAUGCUCAUGCUGCUUCAUUGCAUGCAGAACCAAAUUGUGAGUUGGGUAAGUUGCCACAAGGAAUAUGCCCAGACUAAGACAGAAGGAACAAAUGCUGGAGGCUUGUGUCACACUUCGUAAAUGCUUUCAUUUUACAGGACAGGAAUUGAGGAUAAACUUGUCUGAGUCCUGUUAAAAGUAUUUCCAGUCCAUUAUGACAAUGGGCUACAGGAAGUCAGAUGCCUAACCAGUCAUAUCAGGUUAUCUCAAGUCUCACUGCUUCAGUAUCUGUGUAAGUCACACUUACAGCAGGCUCUGGCACAAAGACUGGGUGUAGACACAGUUUCUGCUUGCAUGUGCUGGCUGACAGGACACAUGUAAUUACACAGCGUAGUACCUGGUGGUCUAGUGGUUAAGGGCGCAGCGCUGUCACCUCUGAGGCCCGGGUUCGAUUCCCAGUCAGGGCCACUCCCAGGCAGAUGGAGCUCGUUAACCCUUAAAAAGGCAAUCCAUCUACGUCCUAAGGACCUCGCUGCCACCGUCCAAGCUCGCUUGGCCCCGGCAGAUGAACCUUAGGAUUAAAGGGUGGGCUCAGUUCCGCACACACUGUGUCUCACCUAAAAAAUCCAAUGCGCAGGCUGGAAGGUGUAGAGACCUUCCCCGGAUCUUCGCUCGCGAAGACUGGCCAUUAUAAAAAGCUGCUGAAAGUGAAUUCUGUCUUUCCUGUCCCUUUUGGUACUGGCAGGAAGCCACAGCCUGGUUGUGGCUCUACAGACAAAUAGUAUGGAAGCCACUGUUACUCAUGUAGGACGUCUCAAUCUUCGGAGACUUUACAGAAUUCUGCAGGAGCAGCUUCAAAGGAACCCUCUCACACAAUAACCUGCCUGCUAACAAAAGCUAUUGUCUGUCUUUUCAAGUUAUUUUUUUUCUUUUAAAUGUGAUGGAUGACGUUCGUAAAUGUUGAGAAAGGUGUGAUGUUUCUUUUAAGACCUGAUGCAAAACUAAGUUAGGACAGUGGUCUGGGAAAUUUCUUCCUGUAUGAUGAACAUGUGGAGAAGAGUUGGCUGCAGAAGGAAAUACUUACUCUGAAUUCAGAGUAUUCUUUUCAAAAAUAUAACUAAUGUGCUGACAAAUUUAAACCCUUCUGAAACAGUAACAAAAAUUCUCAGAUGUAAUUCAUUUAAUAGCUUAAUUUAUUAAACACAUUAUGUAAAAUCUA